AUGAAUUCACCUGAUCCUUGGAACCCACCAGAAACACAGUUUUGCUUUGCUUUUAUUAACAAUUCGUGCCCUAAAAACGUGAGACCCGUGUUCAGUGUGUUCGCCAUGUAUGUGGUCAUGAUUGGGGCUAUCGUCAUGACCAUGCUGGGCAACAUAGUUGUCAUCAUUUCUAUUGCCCAUUUCAAGCAACUCCAUUCCCCAACCAACUUCUUGAUCCUCUCUAUGGCCACUACCGACUUUUUGCUGAGCUGUGUGGUCAUGCCCUUCAGCAUGAUCAGAUCCAUUGAAUCCUGCUGGCAUUUUGGAGACCUCUUCUGCAGAGUGCACAGCUGCUGCGAUAUCAUGCUCUGCACCUCCUCCAUUUUCCACCUCUGUUUCAUCUCAGUUGACCGCUACUAUGCUGUUUGUGAUCCUUUACAUUAUGUCACCAAAAUUACCAUUCCUGUCAUAGAGGUGUUUUUACUUAUCAGUUGGUCUGUCCCUCUCUUUUUUGCCUUUGGCUUGGUGUUUUCAGAAUUAAAUUUAAUUGGCGCUGAAGAUUUUGUUGCCGCCAUGGACUGCAAAGGUUUGUGUGUGCUAAUAUUUAAUAAGCUCUGGGGUGUGCUGGCCUCCCUUAUAGCAUUCUUUCUCCCUGGCACAGUAAUGAUGGGCAUCUAUCUACAUAUCUUCACAGUCGCCAGGAAGCAUGCCCAGCAAAUCGGCACAGGUCCGAAAGUGAAGCAAGUUGGGUCCGAGAGCAAAAUAAAAACCUCCUCCAAGCGAGAGAGUAAGGCCACCAAGACGCUCAGUAUCGUCAUGGGGGUGUUUGUCUUGUGCUGGUUGCCCUUCUUUAUCUUGACUAUCACAGACCCUUUCAUUGAUUUUACGACCCCCGAAGAUUUGUACAAUCUCUUUCUUUGGCUGGGUUAUUUCAACUCCACCUUUAAUCCCAUCAUCUACGGCAUGUUUUACCCUUGGUUUCGCAAGGCCUUGAGACUGAUCGUCACAGGGAUGAUUUUCCAUCCAGACUCCUCCACCCUGAGCCUGCUUCCUGCACAUGGUUAG